CAGGAAGCUGUCGUUGGGAGUGAAGAAGAAAGAAAGCGCCAUGGCGGCUAAGCCGCUCAUUUUGGCGCAUGUGGUGUCUGAUAAUUUCAAGUCGAUUAAGACUAAGGAGAAAUUGUAUGAUGUCAAUAGGAGAAUGCUUGAGGAAAAUAUGGAUGAAGCGUGUGCAAGUGAAAUGAUUGCUGAGGGUGCUGCUAUUGAAUGUACCGUUGGGAGUAUUGGAAGUGUUGGUGCGAGCUGCGACAAGAUAUUGGAAAGCAAUGUUGCUAGUGGUAUGAGUGGUGAGAUGUGUGCUGGUGUGAGUGCUGCGACUGGAAGUAGAAGGAAGGAUGCCGCUAAAACAGCAUAAGCACCCUCGACGUACAACAAUCUUGACGAUAGACUCAACCACUUUCAACACUUCUUGACGAAAAAGGAGCAUAUAAUUGGAAUU